AAGUAUCAUGUGACCGCUCGUGUCAAGAUCACUCCUCCGCCAAGCAGUCCUGCCGAAGCAAAAUUCCUUUACGACUCGUUUAGCCAGCUCGGAAAUCUCGAAUACUUCAGCAUUCCUCGAGACAAAUCGGGUUUCUCCAUAUAUGACAACUACAUCCACUUGGUUUACAACCCCUCAAAGCAGCAGUCGCUUCUUGGGUCGGCAUACUUGAGGGAAGAAGCGCACUGGGAAGAGGGAGAGCAUGAACUCAGAAUACACCAGAAAGCGAUAGUAGACAAGUUAAGACACACAAUCGCAUUGCCCCGGUACUCAUUUAUCAAGGACGACUCUCAGUACUACAAUGGAGAGGUGGAAAUCCAAUUCAAGCAUCAGCUUCCUCUAGAUGCUCUUAAGUAUGACAAGAAGUACCAGAUCACGUCAUCCACCAUAGAAAGCCCUUUUCUCACCCUAAAACGUGAACCCGAGUUCUCGCAGAUAGAUACGCUUAGAGGCAAGAUACGACACAAUUUUCAGAAGUUCCACAAGUUCGACGAGAUACG